AUGGGAUUAUCAUCAUCAUAUAACUUUGUCUUUACAUUUUCUAUUGUUUGUGGUAUAAAGCUUUACCUGGGUAGACUCUACAUUCUUUAAAUAAUGCAUUGAGAAACGUGGGUGUCUUGUUUUUUCUUAGCAGAAUCCUAAACUAAGAUGAUAUAUGCUCCUAUAUCUCUGGACCAAAAACAAUGGCUAUGAUAUGAACCUCUCUAAGCCUAAAAAACAGGUGCAUAGAUUAGAGAGCAAAGUGUCCUUAAAGAAAAAUCAAAUAGUAUUAACUCCCUUUGACCUCAAGAAAGGUCAAAAUUAAGUUGUAAGAAAGUGGGGGGUGGAGACUACUAUGAAUGAUAUUAAUAGUGAAACUUCAAAGCAGCCAUGGAACAUUUAUGCAAGCUCAGAUCCAACUCCAUCUCAAGCAGGAGUUGAUCGUGAAGCUACAUGGAAAAGCUUUGGAACAUCAAUGAAUGCAAUUUCCUUUGGUUUUGUGGCCACAGCUAUCUUGAUUUCUAUGUUUCUUAUCAUGGCCAUUUUUGAGCAUCUAUUCAAGCCAACGUCUUCUUUUUCUUCUCCUGAAGAUAUCACCAACUCUUCUCUAGAGUCAGGCACAUUUCAAAAACUUGGAAAUCCUCAAAAUGUGUCAACAUCAUAUGCAUCUGAUUUCUCAGUAGUGAUGCCAGGUCAGCAGUAUCCUACUUUUAUUGCUCAACCAGCUCCUCUCCCAUGCUCAAGAGAAGGAAUUUAUUGGCCUCCCCAUUGAGCAUAAUUUAGUAUUAAUAAAUAAUUACAAUAUUAAUAUAUAUAUAUAUAUUAUAAUAUAAUUUGCAUUCUCUUCUUCAUAUUCAUGAGAGGUAGUUUGUAUAUUUAUGAAGCCAUCUACUCUUUUGGUAUAUCAUCUUUAUAUAUCUUAGACUAAAUUUACAUGAAAAUUUUGUAUAUUGAAUUUGAAAUAUUGGAGGAAAUGACUUUGGAGAGGUUGGGAAAGUA